AUGGACAUGGCACAAGAAGCCAAACUCCUGGAGAGCGAGUCGGUGAACGAGUACUUGAGGAAGAAUCUAUCCCGAGCCUCUAACCGUCAGUCUCUGUACGGAGGAGGGCCCUCGCUGCUGGCCCCGGAGAAGGAGACCUCGGACAUCAUCGAACUGGCCAAGAAGGACCUGGAGAAACUGAAGAAACGAGAGAAGAAGAAAAAGAAAAGGCUGCAGCAGCUGCUGGAGGACAGAGACAGGGAGGAAAGGGAGGAGGUGGUGGAAGAGGGGGAUGACGCCAGCGCCAACAAGGAGGAAGUCCCUGACAACGAGCAGGAGAAAGGAACCGAGAAGGAGAUGACGGAGCGAGGCCACGAGGAAGCAGAAAUUGAGGGCCAGGAAGGCAGCGACCAUGAGGAAGGAGAAGAGGAAGAGGAGGAGGAUGAAGAGGAGAUGGAGGUGGAGGAGAGCUCCGAUGAUUCUGACUCUGAAUCGGAUGAAAAAGAUAACUUCCAGGCGGACCUGGCCAACAUCACCUGUGAGAUCGCCAUCAAGCAGAAGCUGAUCGACGAGCUGGAGAACAGCCAACGGCGGCUUCACACUCUGAAGCAGCAGUACGAGCAGAAGCUCAUGAUGCUGCAGUGCAAGAUCAGAGACACGCAGCUGGAGAGGGACAAGGUGCUGCAGAACAUGAACACAGUGGAAUCGGGCACAGACGAGAAGUCUCGUAAGAUCAAGACGGAGUACGAGAAGAAGCUGAGCGUGAUGAACAAGGAGCUGCAGAAGCUGCAGUCGGCGCAGAAGGAGCACGCCCGGCUGCUGAAGAACCAGUCGCAGUACGAGAAGCAGAUGAAGAAGCUGCAGAUGGACGUGGCCGAGAUGAAGAAGACCAAGGUGCGUCUCAUGAAGCAGAUGAAGGAGCAGCAGGAGAAGAACAGGAUGAACGAGUCUCGCAGAAACCGAGAAAUCGCCACGCUAAAGAAAGACCAGCGCAAGCAGGAGCACCAGCUGAAGCUACUGGAGGCUCAGAAGAGGCAGCAGGAGCUGAUCUUGAGGAGGAAGACUGAGGAGGUGACGGCUCUGAGGAGGCAGGCCCGGCCCACCUCAGGGAAGGUGGUGAGGAAGUUCCUGUCUGACCCGGUGCAGGACUCCAGCUACAGACCUCCANCAGGAAAAACACAGCGUAAGGCGCUGCCGCCCGAUGCAUCCCCGGACAGUGUACUUGUGCUGAGCAGCCUGAACCAGGGGCAAACUGACUGA